UGAGCCACCCAGGGCCCGAAAAGACUGCCACUUUGAGCGUAUCCCAGAAUAGGAACAUUCUCUGCAGAGUAGCAAAAUCUGGGAUGCAGUGAGAGCAGUCCUGGAGCUUGGGCCACAAGACUGCGCAGAUCUGAGGGGACCGGGGGUAUCAGUGGUAGGAAGAGGUACCUUCUAGGGGUCUGGGGCCCGGCCGUGCUGUCUGCAGAGACUCAUGCGUGUUUUGUAAAGCAGUUCUGGAGUGCUGCUGGGCCCUGGCAGAGGGCCGUCAGACAUGACAUGACCCCAUGGCCAGAGCUGCUUGUCAUGAGGUCAGUGAAGAUGAGCGGACAAGACCCUCCCAGUCUCUUGGAUCUUGCAGCACAGAGCCUGCUGAAUGAUGAGUACUCAGCUGUCCGUGCCCUGGAGGAGCUCCCUGUGGGCCUUUUCCCAGCAUUGUCCACGGCAGCCUUUGAUGGGGGACACACAAAGACUGUGACAGCAAUGGUGCAGGCCUGGCCCUUCCCCUGCCUCUGUCUGGGAUCGUUAAGAGAUCAGUCAAUAACUCAAGAAGUUGGAAGCUGUCCUCGAUGGGCUGGAAUUGGUUCCUACCAAUGCUGCAUGCCCCAGGAGAUCGAAGCUGAAGGUGCUGGAUUUUACCCAUGACUUUGAGCACUCCAACUGGGAGGAGUGCUCUGAGACUACUCCCGCCCCCUUUGUCAUCACGCACAUGUUGGAAGAGCCAGAGGCAGAACCGCUGUGCCCAGUUCCAGAGAACAGCCUCCACAUCACCAAGAACCCGUGGAAAUCCACACAGACCUUUUUCUCUCGGUGGUUUGUUUGGCUUCUUCCACCUGUCGGGGUUCUCCUCGUACAUACUGCAGAGAGUCGGGAAGAGCCACGGCUGUCUGCGCCUCUGCUGUCGGACCAUGGUCAUCAACCAGGUGCCAUUCCGCAGCCUCGUAGAGAUCCUGGGAAUGCUGGAGCUGGAGACCAUCCAAGAGGUGAGGCUUCAUCACAGGAGUAGGUUCUGCUUCCAGUCGGACCUCAUCCAGUUCUUCACCCACGUAGGGCAGAUGAGCAAUCUGGGCCACCUCGUCAUGAACGACAUACCCUGGGAUUUCCCUGCAGACUGUUUCUCUUUGCUAAGUCUGCUGGGCCACCUUCAGAAGCUCCAUCUCAUCUUUGGCUGUCUCUCGGGCCAGAUGCUGAGUGGCCUGCGAAAACCGCUGGAGAUGCUGCUGAUCAAUGGAUGUAGGCUCACUGAGAAUGACAUUACCUACUUGUCCCAGAGCGUUCAUGCCACCCACCUGAAGGAGUUGGUCCUCUGUGGUAAUAACCUGUCCCAAAUGGUUCCUGGGCCCCUGGAGGUUCUGCUGGGGGAGGUGUCCGGCACUCUGCAGCACCUGAACUUGAGAAGCUGCCGGCUGAAGGAGGCCCAGCCCCGAGCCCUGCUGCCUGCCCUGUGUUGCAGCUCCCGCCUCCGCUCUCUGGUGUUCUACGACAAUGUCAUCUCCACCUUGGGCAUCAUGAACAUGCUGCAGCACUUGGCAGGGCUGACAGAACUGAAGCGCGUGCAGUACCCUUUCCCUGCCGAGUGUGUUGUGUACUUGGAUGAAUAUGGGUGGGGGAACCUCAACAGAGUGGCGCUCGCCCGCAUGCACGCCAAGUUGCGGGAAAUGUUGCAGGUGCUACAGCGGGCCGACAUGGAGUUGACGAAUUCGGCCUCAGUGGCCUGACUUAGGAAAACACACAGCCGACCUGAUGGGGAAGAGGUGCAGCAGUGGGUCCUGGAGCCGGGGCAGUGGAUUUCCCGACUGGAUGGUGUGGCUUGGAAGAAAACUAUGAAAACAAGAAAAAACACAACGAACGCUGUGGUGGGGACUGCUGUUUCUGGAUCCACCUGGGGCUCCAUUAUCCAUGACAUCGACAAGCAGCGGUCAGAAAUAACACUGUACAGGUGUUGUUCUAAUGCUGGAUAUAAACAGAGAGCUUCUCCCAGCACUUGUCCUUCUGGUUUGUUUACCCAAUUUCCCUUUCAUUUUGCUUCAGUAUUCCCACUUUGAACAGCACGCAGUUGGACACAGGUGUCCCCUGCUUUUUGAAAAUUUGCGUUAUGCCACUUGAGCGAAAGACUUACAUUAGUACCUGUUCUCGCUAAUCGAAAGAAAUCUGAAGAGGAUUUUCACUUUUACAAAAACGAAAACAUUCAGCGUUUGUUUUGCAGCAAGCCAUUAUAGAGGCAGCCCGCACCAUGAGCAGCGAGAGUGCCCCUGCCAAGUGCCCCCUGGGAACUCCGCUCAGCAUCUUAUCGUCAAGCCACCAUCACUGUGAACUGUGUCUUUGUCCUAUUUUCAAGUCCGCUGAUUAUUCUACAUGUUCAAGUCUGCCUUUGAAUCUCUUCAGCACCGCCUGCCCAGGACAGGGAAUGGGCAGGAGGGGUGAGUUGGCUGAGGUCGUGGGCAGCAGAAAAGCUGAUUUCCCAGUUCCGGUUCCUCAGAUUCUGCGUUUCUUCCCCACGAUGCCGGAACCCUUCUCCCCACAGUGCCACACUGUAGGCUCUUCUGUGGAUUUCUCCAGAUCUUCUGACUCCAUGAACCUCAUUCUGAACAAUCUUCAUGGAGGCUUUUCUUUCCCCUAA